GUGAGCAACCAAACUCCCUCCCCUAUCUAAUUUCCUUCAAACCCUUAACCACUCUCCCCCAACACGCCUUAAAAAAAAAAUAAAAAACCCUCAAUUCAUCAUCCUCUCCAUUCUAUUCUACCAUGGUUUCACCUCCAAUGGACAGCAAAACCCUAAUCUACGACGUAAAAGUGUCGUCGAUCGGGCCGGCCGAUGUCACUGGAUCGGACCUCAUCUACGAGCCCGACAACCUCGACUUGGCCAUGAAGCUUCACUACCUCAGAGGAGUGUACUACUUCAGAAGCCAAGCAUUUGAUGGUCUUUCCACUCUUGUCAUCAAAGAGCCCAUGUUCUUGUGGCUUAACAAGUAUCCAAUGACUUGCGGCCGCUUCCGGAGAUCUGACGAUCACUCCGGCCGGCCUUACAUCAAGUGCAACGACUGCGGCGUCAGGUUCAUCGAGGCCAAGUCUGAUAAAACCCUAGAUGACUGGUUCCAGAUCAAGGACAAGGAUGUCUCCCUCGAGAAGGUUCUCGUGCCGAAUCAAUAUAUCGGGCCGGAGCUCGGGUUUUCUCCGCUUGUUUUUGUACAGCUAACAAAAUUUAAGUGCGGUGGAACAGCAUUGAGCCUAAGUUGGGCCCAUGUUCUUGGAGAUGCAUUUUCGGUCGCGAAAUUCAUGAACUCAUUGGGCCAUGCUGUGGCCGGACAUGAACUAGGAGAGCCCGUGGACCUAUCCAAAACCCUAACAAAGUCCAUCGGAACUAAUAGUUCGACGAACUUUGGAGAUGACCCACUUUCCGUCAAACGGGUUAGCCCAGUUGGAGACAAUUGGGUCAAUACCGCGAAAGUCCAAAUGGAGGAAUUCUCUUUCAACAUCACCCCCACAUUAUUGAAGCAUCUAAAUUCUAAAUUCAAUCCGAGCGGGCCCCAAUUCAGUCCAUUCGAGUUAAUUUCAGCCGUAAUUUGGCAAUGCAUUGCAAGAAUUCGAGGCGAAGAAGGCCAACCAAAUAUUGUGACUAUUUGCAAGAAAAGUGAAGGUAAUAAGGCAAGUGGUGCAUUGGGCAAUAAGCAACUUGUGAGCGUAGUCAAAGCAGAUAUCAGCGUGGCGAGUGCCAAUCUUGGCGAGCUAGCAUCAAUGAUGCAAAACAAUGCCUUAGAAGAAAACAAAAAGAUUGAUGAGGCAAUAGAAAGGGAGGAAGCAUUAGCGGACUUCAUCCUCUACGGCGCAAAUUUAACUUUUGUGGACCUCGAAGGUUCCCCUUUCUAUGAAGUCGAAUUUAGGGGACAAAAGCCUGAAAAUGUGAGCUAUAGGAUCGAGGGAGUUGGCGAUCAAGGCGUAAUCUUAGUGCAUCCGGCGCCUAAAGAUGAAAGGAGGAAUAUUAUGGUAAUAUUGCCCGAAAAUGAGGUCACCGAGCUUAAAUCCGAGCUCGAAAGGGAGGGGCUUAUUGCAUGAGACAAUACAAUAUGUGUGUAAGUAUGUGCACUUGGUUUCGACCAUUUAAUUAGGGUUGUCCUUUGCCUUCUUAUACUUGAAGACUAUAUUUGAAUGUUUGUAAUAAAGGCAAGAUUAAUAGUUUUGAAUCUUGUCUACUUUUCUUGAAAUUAUUUGUGUGGAUGAGUAUGCACUAUUGUUCAUCCUAAGUAUUGGGAAAUAUAUAUGGGUGUGUGGAUUUUGUAUUA